AUGUCGAUGGCGAUUUUGUUAGAUGAUUUCAUCAAAAUCCUUGAGGCAGAAAAUCCAACACUGAUCACCGCCAUGGAUUUGAGGAUCGCAAAACUUUUCAUUGGGUUUUGUGUGUCGUAUGCAGGACAUCGUUGUGAUCUUAAUCUUACACAGACAAAAAGAGAAGAACUGAUCUCCUUGUUAGAGGAAUGUUUGGUGAUGGCUUUUUUCAUAAAUGAUAUCAAGAGGCUUGUCUUCAUUUAUUACGCACUUGGUUGUUUAUAUGAUCUCGUCCAUCAACCAGCUAAAUCAAUCGAUUAUUUACAGAGCCUACUAGGCCUCAUUACUGGUAAAGGCUAUCAUGCCAAAGAGAUGUAUGUUAACCAACGUUUAGGGAGUGCUUAUCAAUCAUUAGGAGAAUAUCACAAGUCGAUUGAAUAUCACGAAAAGACCCUAGCCAUUGCUAAAGAGAUUGGUGACAGACAAAGAGAAGGAGAUACUUAUGGAGAUUUAGGAGUUGCCUAUACAUUAUUAGGAGAAUAUCACAAGGCGAUCGAAUAUCACGAAAAGGGACUGACUAUAGCUAAAGAGACUGGUGACAAAAAGGGGGAAGGAGAUACUUAUGUAAUUUUAGGUAGUGCCUAUUCAUUAUUAGGAGAAUAUCACAAGGCGAUCGAAUAUCAUGAAAAAAGACUGAGCAUAGCAAAAGAGAUUGGUGACAGAGAAGGAGAAGGAAAUGCUUAUGGACGAGAAUAUCACAAGGCGAUUGGAUAUGCCGAAAAGGGACUGACCAUAGCUAAAGAGUUUGGCGACAGACAAGGAGAAGGAAAUGCUUAUGGAGAUUUAGGGAUUGCCUAUACAUCAUUAGGAGAAUAUCACAAGGCGAUUGAAUAUCUUGAAAAGAGACUGAGCAUAGCUGAAGAGAUUGCUAACAGAGAAGUACAAGCAGAGUCCCAUCAUAAUAUAGGUCAUGCUUAUCAGUUAGAAUCGAGCAUCAAAGACCUCAGCAAAUCAAAACAAUACCUAGAGAAGAGCAUGCAAUGCUUCGAGAGAUUGUUCGAUGAUUUAAAAGACAAUGACCAAUUCAAAGUUUCAAUUGUUGAUACAUUCAUCAAAACCUACAAGAUCCUCAGCCAAGUCUACAUCAAAACAAGACAAAGUGAAGAAGCUCUCUUAGUAUGUGAACAUGGSCGAGCACGUGCUUUGAGAGAUCUCUUGUUUCUUAAAUACAACACAACUGAGAAAGCACAAACAAAAGCACUGGAACUUGCAGAUGUCAAGACAAUUUCCUCUCAUCGUGAAGGCUGCAUUCUUUUUUACAAUCUUCAUUUAAACAAGGUUACWUAUCAUAGCUGGGUCAUAUCAUCCCGAAAUCCAUCUACCUUCUUUUACGAUGAAAUAAACAACCGCGAUGCUUUGGCAACAAUUUUGUCGAGCCUCUCUGAUGAUGAAAGAAAAACUACCGAAGCKGGAUAUUUUCAAUAUCUCGUUGACAACUGUUUCCAGCAGCUGAAUGUUAGAGAAGGAAAAGGAAUGAAAUGCGAAGACAGAUCAAUGAAGUCACUAGAGCAUGAAGACCUGGAGUGUGCAYCCUCGACAAACUCCUCGCAGCUUAGUGAAAAUGCUCUCAAAGCUUUUCAAGAUGUUGACAGAUGUAUUCUUGACGAAGAAGACGAUGACAUGGAGCCUCUUGAUAUGCUUUUCUAUAGACUAGUUUCCCCAGUACUGGACCAGCUGACCCACGACGAGGUGAUUAUCAUCCCUGACGGUUAUCUUUUCAUGGUGCCAUUUGCUGCUCUUCAAGAUCCAAAAACCGGCAAGUAUUUGUCGGAAACCAAACGCAUUCGACUGGCUCCUUCUCUGACGACGUUAAAAAUUCUACAAGAAUCCUCACAUGACACGUAUUGCAGGUCAGGUGCUCUGAUAAUUGGAAACCCCACUACUGGACAUGUCAGUCGUAAUGGUCGUACAGUGAUAUUCUCCCCAUUACCCGGUGCCGAAGAUGAAGCCAUACAGAUAAGUAAUCUUCUUGGUGCACAGCCAUUGAUAGGUAGCCAAGCAACAAAAGAAACAGUCCUAAGAAGACUUCAACAAGGUGUGUCAAUUAUUCAUUUUGCUGCACAUGGUAGUAAGGAAAAUGGACAGAUUGCUCUYGCUCCYUCUAAACCUACGACGUACUCGAGUCCAGCAGAGGAGAAGGACUGCAUUUUGACCAUGAAAGAAGUACAAGAGAGUGGAAUUCAUGCUCAACUGGUUGUCCUCAGCUGUUGCUACAGUGGUCGAGGAGACGUAAGGUCUGAAGGAGUUGUUGGAAUGACUCGAGCCUUUCUUGCUGCAGGAGCUCGUGCCGUUGUAGCGUCAUUGUGGGCCAUUGCUGACACAGCAACAAAGUUCUUCAUGCAGAAAUUCUAUACCCAUCUUAAGAACGGAGAGAGUGCGAGUAAGAGUCUGCAGCAGGCAAUGAAGGACAUGAGAGAGAUAUACGAGGAACCAAUGUUCUGGGCUGGAUUCUUUCUGAUUGGAGACGAUGUCACCAUCACAGUGUGACCGAACAUUAAUUAGAUAACUCAACAAUUUCAGUAAUUUCAAAUGAACGUUCAAUUAAUCUAUUAUUUGACAAAUGUUUUUCUUUAUAAAGCUUAUCAUAGUUGCAAGAACAUAGAUUCACACAAUGAUAUUCUAUUGAAUAUCACAUUAGAAACAGCUUAGAGAGCGGUUUUUUUUAACCCGUGAAGCAGAGUGU